CGAUCAUCAUACAAGCAGUAAUUUAUAUCGUGUGUCAUAAAAUGGCAUAACGCGGGUAACAACAAAGAAAGUUGGGUCAUUCUUGACCAUAACAUAGCUUUAAAAUGUCAACUUCGACACCACACGUCAAAAUCCUCGAAAUUUUCAACUUGUGGAGUAAUUUUUCGCAGAGCCUUUGUAAGAGAACUCGAUCCGGCUUUGUUUUACCACCAGCAGCUGUCUGCAUCCAUUUUUGACCAAGGAAAACAAAAGAGGGAAAAUGAGUGAAACUGUGGGAGAAUACGAGUACAAGAAGAAAGAUCUGAUCGGACACGGUGCCUUUGCCGUGGUGUUCAAGGGAAGAAAUAAAAAGACUUCUGAGGUAGUUGCAAUUAAAUGUAUUACGAAAAAGAAUUUGUCAAAAUCACAGACUCUCUUGGAGAAAGAGAUCAAAAUAUUGAAGGAAUUUCACCACGAAAACGUAGUUGCUCUUUACUUUUGCCAGGAAACUAGUAAUUCAGUUAUGUUGGUAAUGGAAUAUUGUAAUGGUGGUGACUUGGCAGAUUAUUUACAAGCGAAAGGAACACUUAGUGAGGACACCAUCAGAGUUUUUCUGCGUCAGAUUGCUGCUGCUAUGAAGGUAUUGCAUUCUAAGGGUAUUAUACACAGAGAUCUGAAACCUCAGAAUAUUCUACUAAGCCAUACUUGUAAGAGUAAUCCCAAACCAAGUGAUAUCAAACUCAAAAUAGCUGAUUUUGGUUUUGCAAGGUUUUUGCACGGUGAAAUGAUGGCUGCAACUUUGUGUGGUUCACCGAUGUACAUGGCACCAGAAGUGAUUAUGUCACGUAACUAUGAUGGUAAAGCUGAUCUAUGGAGUAUAGGAACUAUUGUGUUUCAAUGUCUUACUGGUAAAGCACCCUUCCAAGCAUCCAGCCCACAAGAAUUAAAGAAUUACUACCAAAAAUCAAAAUCUGUUGUUCCCAACAUCCCUACUGGUACAUCUAAUCAACUCAAAGACCUACUCGUACAGUUACUGAAACGAAACCAGAAAGAACGAAUGGAUUUCCAAGAUUUCUUUUCUCAUACUUUCCUCGCUAGUGGAUUACAAGGGAAAUCAUCAUCACCGGUACCUGUUCCAUUCAGGUCAUCUGGUGCAUGUGGUUCUCUUGGAUCCUCACCCUCGCCCUCACCAGGUGGUAGACCUUCAUCAAUGUCACCAUUCCCCAGCAGUGGUCUCAUGACGCCACCAGAACCACAAAGUCGUAAAAUAAAAGAACUUACAGCCCAAGAUGUAGCCGUGAUUGGCUCACCGCCUCAACCACCAGUAUUUCAUAAUGUCAAACCAGAUUCAACUCAGAAUUCACAGUCUUCAUCUGGCAAUGAAGCAGAUGAGGACUUUGUUAUGGUGCCAUCCAACUUACCAUCUGAUAUAUCUAGUGAAAGUGCAGCAUACAAAAAAUGCAGCUCACAUGUGGAUUUUCUUGGGGGAAGUCCACCUAGACUGUCAGCUACUCCACCUAAGUCAAGUAACAGUCCUACAGCACAACCUAUUCCAGUACCUACAGCAACAAUUCCAUCAACAACUAGAGCCUCAACUGUCUAUCAAACUAUUCCUGAAGAAAGAACGAGACAAGUCAAUGAACCAGUCCCAGUCCCUAGAUAUCAACCUUCACCCAGCUCACCUACUACACUUCCAGUACAUAAUUCUAGAAAAUCAUCUGCAUCAUCAGAGCCUAGAACACCUCCUGGCUCUAACAGUACCAAAAGAAUAUUGUCACCAACAUCCUCACCUCAGAGAGAAAUGUCAAGCAGGGGAUCAUCAUCAAGCCUUGGUAAGCCACCAUCACCAGUAGCAGGAUAUACAUGUAGACCAAUGUCAGCAUCUCCUCAGAGUUUACGAGGUGCCACUCCCCCUAGAGGUGCUACACCACCUACAUCUCUCAGUAAUACACCACCAAGAAAAUCUCACUAUGGUUCACCAAGAAGUUCGCCAUUAUUUUUUCCAAGUCCUGCAUCUUUGCCAAGUAUGCCUACUAUCAUGGGAUCACCUACUAAGAGACUCACUGUUGGAUUUGACACUGGAGGUCCUCAACCAGUAGGACCUGGGGCUACUGAUAUGAAUAGUCCUUCAACACCACUGAACAUGCCGUUUGCAACCCGGCCAAAAUCAUUACGAAUGGACACUAGUCCUACAGAGAAACAUCAACGCAGGAGGUCAUUUAACCAAGACACACAGCAAAUUGUGACUAAGAUACCACUUGCAAAAAGUGCAAGUUCUGGAAGACUUUCUGAUCAGCUAAUAAGGGCAGCCUUUGGUAAUAGCAACUUAGAGCCAACUUUAUUUGGUGGUUCACAACCUGCAGGUCUAUGCAUCGCUACAAGUCCACCAUCUCCUAUGUAUCCUAAUUUAAUAGGAUAUACAUCUAGAUCUCGUCAGAAUUCAUUUCAAGGUGAAGGGUCACCAACAAGUCAAGGUUCAGUCGUAUACAGUACUUCUCCUUCUAGUAUGGAAGGACCUAUUACGUUUAUUGCACCAGAAUUACCGGAGGAGACUCUCAUGGAGCCUGAACACAAUGAAAUACUAGAAAAGCUGACACAGCUGUUUGAAUUUGUAGAAGGCAUCAUGGAAGUUAUAAAAUCCAAAUCAUCUCCACUGGCAGAAUCACUCUACGCUAAACAAAAAGAAACUUUUUUAUAUGACGAAAUAUGUUCAUUCAGUGAUAGCCGAAGGCAAGCGGAACAGUUAGUGUUAUAUCUGAGAGCGUUACAGAUCUUAUCAAAUGCUUUAUGCCUAGCAAAGGAUGAAGUCAAAGCCAAACGAUUACAACCUUCAAAUGCAAUGAAAACUGUAACACAAAGUUUGAACAACAGAUACCGUGAAUGUCUUGCCAAAUGUAAGGAACUAAAGCUACAAGGUGUGCCUAGAUUAUCAGCGUCAGAGAUGGCUGAUAUCAAGGCUGAAAAGAUGAUGUAUGACUAUGCUAUAGAUCUCUGCCAAAAUGCUGCUUUAGAUGAACUUGUUGGAAACCCACAGGAGUGUACUCAUAGGUACCUCUAUGCAAGCGCACUUCUGAUGGGACUAUCAAUGAGUGUAAACAAUGACCAUGAUAAAGAUCGUCUAAUGAGAUAUCAUUCAUCUGUUCAAAAACGAUUAGUCUACUUGGAUAGACAGCAAUCUUCCUACAAUGGUUUAUGUUGCUGAAUGAACAAGGACUGAACUGACUCUUUGAAAUCUCGGAAAUGUGAACAAACCAGGUCAUAGUGUGGAUUGCUUCUGAAUAACUGAAUAAUUUGAUGAAACAAAGCAAUGAACAUCAAUAGUUAUGCAAUUCAAGGAUCUCAUCAAUGUGUGUUUAAUAUGUUAUUUGAUCAAUCUGUCAUACAGUCUGUUGGAUAACUUGCAGUGAUUUGCGAUAUUUACACUGUACCAUAUCAUUAUUGGUAUGAAGUCCUCCUAAAUGUUAUUUGACAUGGAAUUGGCUGUGAUCUACCUGGAGAAGUUUUUAAAAAAUCCCAUUGGAUAUUAUUUGUGUGACAUCAUUAAUAAAUUCUUGUCGAUAUGACUUCCAUUUAUGCAGUGCAUACAAAAAUGUAUAUCAUGCGCAGAUAGUAUUUACUAAGAAUGGAGGAACAUUUUUAAAUUAUAUUCCCAAAGGAAAAGACCUAAACUGAUUUGCAAAUGGACACUGCCACUAAUCGGUGCAACUGUAAAAAUUUUAUUUGAAGAAAAAAAAUAAUGUGUGGAUGAUAAGAAGAACAAUCUUCAUGCAGUAGACAUUUGCAUAGACCCUGUUUGACAGUCUUGACAUGGUUGCCAUCAAGUCUUGCUACUUACUUUAGCUAGACAUAUUUCUUUUUUACUUUGAAACAUUUUUAAUAUUAAAUUAGUUACUUUUAAUUGUAUAUACUUAUUAUAAAUAUUCACCGAAAAAUGUGUGUAUAGUUGGUUUUGAAUACUCGUUGCAUUCUUUGAGAGUGCUUUCCUUUUCCUGCAUGUAUCUACAAAUACUGGCAAACUGUUACAGCUCUUUGGUGCUAGAAAACACAGGGCACUCUCAGUAUAUGACAUUGAACUUUUGUCGUUUAGUUUGAAAUUGUCUGUGAUGUUGAAUGUUAACUUAAAAAGAGUAUUUAUUUAGGGCUUAAUGAAUAUAGACAAUUUGAUAAACGAUGCAGUACCUUGCCCAAUGCAUGAUAACCAUAGAAUAUUGGUUGUAUUGUAUAUAUUAUUUCUGAAAGUAUUACAAUAUUUGUCAUUUCUUUGUUAUCACUGCUGUCAGCAUUUCCCUGUGAGUUAAAAUGGCAGUUUUUUUUUUUAAGUGAAAAAGCGAUCAGAAUUAAAUGCAUAUUUUCAAGGUUUUGUCCAGCUAGAUGGAAUGAAGUACAAAUCACACCAUCUGGAUAUCGUUUGAAAUUGGUUGACCAGCAUUUCAGUGUAGAUGCUUCUUUGUUGCAUUUCUGUAAACCUUCAUUAUACACAGUAUUCUAAUUUACAAUAACUUCUUGUAUUUAUUCAGUUAUUUUGUUAAUUUAUUUAUUUUAUUUUUUUGUUUGCCUCUAAAAUCAAAGCUCUUGUGCUAGAUAAAUCAAAUAUUUUGAUUAUUUAUGCCACUCCAACUUUUAUUAAAUUAUAUAAAGUUGAUUAGUAGUGGGUAAAUAUGUUUAUUAAAAAAAACCUUAUUGAUCUUGAAUCAUCAAAACAUAAUUUGUAAUUUUGUCUUUGAGCCUUUUAUUUAAAAAAAAAAAUCAAUAGUAACUUACAUAAACAGCAAGUGAAAAGAUUGUGAUUGAAGGUAAUAUACACAAAAUAUUUCUGUAUGAAAUAAAUGUCCAGUGUCAUUGUGCACUGUAGUCGUAAAUGCAUUGUGGGUGAUUUAUACAAAUUAAUACCAUACAUGUAUUUGGAAGUAUACAAACUUGUGAAUAUAAUGAGCAGAAAUAUUUCCCAUUGCAUCACUUUGAGUUUAAUCAAAUAAAAGGUGCUUCCAGUUUGUAUAAUUUGUGAGACAAAAUAAAAAGCAAAAAGUACAAAAAUGAAACUCAGGUUGAUAAAGUAGUUGUCAUCUUCUUCUUUUUUUUUUAUUUAACUAUGUCCUACUUUUUGGUCUUCCUUGUGUUUCACUAGUAAAUGAUAAUUGUGUAUGUGAACAUACUUUCUCAUCAACUUGUUUAUAAGCAACAUCGGUUAUCAAAGGUAUAUUUUAGUUGCUGGGAUGCCCUGGGUCUCAGUGAUGCACAGUGCCAUUGGUGAAACUGACAUGGCACUUUUCACCAGGGACUGACAAAUUUACUGUCAAAAACAAACUUAUUUUAAGUUAGCAUUUCACUUGAAAUGUAUACUACUGCAAUUUAAUCAUUUUGUAAAGCAGUAUUUCUUAAAUAAAGCAUGCCUUUCAACCUAUUUGUAAAAUGUAAUGUAUGUUGUUUACAUAGAAAGUUGAUAUAAUUUAUAAAAAUGCUGUCGUGUUUUUUUUUUCUUUUUAAUUUAAUUUUCUAGUAUGUUGAGAACUACAAGUUUUGUGUAUUUAUAUUUAUGGAACUUUGUAUUCUACUUUUCUCUGGUGGAAAUAAAAUGCAUUGAACGUA